CAUACGAUUAUAAUAAUCAUAUUAAUAAUAAUUAUUAUGGAUAUUCAUUAUCAUUAUCAACGCCAUCCCUAUCACUAUCAUCAUCACUAUCGUCAUCGAUGGACACCACAUAUCAUCGGGAAUUGMGGACCCGUCGGGCGGCCACUGCCCGGCCCGAGAGACUAUGGGAUUACGGUGUAAUACCCUAUGAAAUUGAGUCCAAUUUUAGUGGCGAUCACAGGGCACUGUUCAAGCAGGCUAUGCGGCACUGGGAGAACCAUACGUGCGUCAAGUUUGUCGAACGGACACCUGAACAUCCAAACUAUAUUGUCUUUACGGAAAGGCCGUGCGGGUGCUGUUCGUUUGUCGGCAAACGCGGCAACGGUCCGCAGGCCAUAUCUAUCGGCAAAAACUGUGAUAAAUUCGGUAUAGUUGUCCACGAGUUGGGCCACGUAGUCGGCUUCUGGCACGAACAUACCCGGCCGGAUCGGGACGAUAACGUACAGAUUGUUACCAAAAAUAUUAUGUCUGGUCAGGAGUAUAACUUUAAUAAGCUAACCGACGAGGAGGUCAACUCGUUGGGCCUGAAGUAUGAUUUCGAUAGUAUUAUGCACUACGCAAGGAAUACCUUCUCGAAGAGUACCUAUUUGGACACCAUUUUACCGCAAACCGACCCGAGCCUCAAUGUUAGRCCCGAAAUUGGCCAACGAGUGCGGCUAAGUAAGGGCGAUAUAGCCCAGACACAGAUGCUUUACCGAUGUCCCAAGUGCGGCCGAACUAUGCAAGAACCUACCGGUGCUCUCGAAUCGCCCGACUAUCCCAACGCAUCGCCGCCUCCUGAGGGCGAACACUGCGAAUGGAGGAUCACUGCCACUCACGGCGAAAAAAUCGUACUAAACAUUACCGAUCUGGACGUCUACGAGUCGGACAACUGCGAGACCGACUAUCUGGAGAUCAGAGACGGCUAUUGGCCAAAGUCGCCGCUAUUGGGAAAAUAUUGCGGUUCGGCUAAUACUGGAGGAUUGACUACAUUGAUGACCAGCGGCUAUCGUAUGAUUAUUACGUAUAAGUCGUCGCCCAAUCAGCACAGUCAUCGCGGUUUCAAAGCCAACUAUGAAGCACUGUGUGGCGGCGAAAUUAAUGCCGAAGACGGUACCCUACAGAGUCCAAACUAUCCGGAAGAUUAUCGGCCAAACAAAGAGUGUAUUUGGCGUAUAACGGUUCCCGAAAAUUUUCAGGUGGCCCUCAAAUUCCAGUCGUUUGACGUGGAAAAUCAUGAUAACUGUGUCUACGAUUAUCUGGAGGUCAGGGAUGGCCACUCGCCGACYUCGCCGCUGUUGGGCAAAUUUUGUGGCUAUAAAAUACCCGAACCUGUCCGCAGUAAUUCCAACCGAUUGAUGGUUAAGUUUAUGUCGGAUAAUUCCGUCCAGAAGGCCGGGUUUUCGGCCAAUUUUAUCAAAGAAUUUGACGAAUGUGCCGAUUCGGAUCACGGAUGCGAACAUGAAUGUGUCAACACCCUGGGCGGCUACCGGUGCGAGUGUCGUAUAGGGUUUGAGUUGCACUCCGAUGGGAAAAAAUGUGAGGACGCUUGCGGCGGACUAAUUGACUCGACCAACGGUACAAUAGUUAGCCCGUCGUUUCCCGAUCUGUAUCCGCCAAACAAGAACUGUAUUUGGGAGAUAAUGGCACCCCAGAGCUUCAAGAUUACCCUAAAUUUUACCCACUUUGACCUCGAGGGCAACAAUCAAGAUUGUGAAUACGAUAGCGUCGACAUCAAAAGCAAACUGGGCGACAAUGACUAUCGUAAACACGGUGUAUUUUGCGGCGCCCGAUUGCCGCCGAUGAUCACCUCAGUCGGCCAUAGUCUGCGGUUGGAAUUUAAUUCGGAUAAUUCCGUACAGAAAAGCGGUUUUAGUGCCAACUUUUUUACCGAUAAGGACGAGUGUGCCGUAAACAAUGGCGGCUGUCAGCACAUCUGCAAGAAUACUAUCGGGUCGUAUCUGUGUCUGUGUCACAAUGGGUUUGUAUUGCACGAGAACCGACACGACUGCAAGGAGGGUAGUUGUACCCAUCAUAUUACCGGCCCCUCAGGCGAACUCCAGAGUCCCAACUAUCCCGACCCGUACCCGAGCCGUAAAGACUGUACUUGGCUGUUGAAUACGACCCCUGGCCAUCGUAUCAAACUGUUGUUUACCGAAUUUGAACUCGAGCCCCAUCAGGAGUGCGCCUACGAUCAUAUUAUUGUCUACGAUGGCGACUCUACCGAUUCACAGACAUURGGCCGUUUCUGCGGCAGUAAAGUCCCCCAUACGUUGCUGUCGGCGCUGAACAAAAUGUUUAUGAUCUUCAAGUCAGACGCUUCCGUCCAACGAAAAGGCUUCAAAGCUACCCAUUCGACAGUCUGUGGCGGACGACUCAUGGCUCAUAUGGGUCUUCAGCAUAUCUAUUCCCACGCAAAGUUUGGCGACUAUAACUACGACAAAAAAGAGGACUGCGAUUGGAUUAUUGAGGCACCGGAAGCCAAACGGGUUCGCCUAAGAUUUGUUACCUUCGAAGUCGAACACGAAUCUGAUUGUGGCUACGAUUAUGUCGAAGUAUACGAUGGUUACGACGAUUCGGCUCAGAGUUUGGGCCGAUUUUGCGGAAAUAAAAUACCGCCCGACUUUCUGUCCAAUGGCGAGCUAUUGCUGUUGCGUUUCCGUACGGACGACACCAUACAUAACAAAGGUUUUGCUGUGUCCUAUUCGGCACUGGACGCCAACGAAGACGAACAAGUGAUUAGCCACGUAGAGAAGCCGCAAAAGCACCGGACGAUUGCACAGUCAGUGUUCAGUAGUAGUAGCAGCAGUGGUGGUGGUGGUGGUGGUGGUAUCGGCAGCAGCCGUCACUACAAUCGGCACCGGCAUAUGCGUCGCCGACAUCACAACUGAACGGUGAUGAAUGGGGUGCCGGUCUCUGGACGGCCUGCCUAUGAAUGGGCUGUUUUUGGACGGCCUGUCUAUGAAUGUGUUGUCAACUACACGGUAGCGGCGGCAAAGAGCACCUGCUUUUUACACACACACACAUACAUACAACCAAAACUCAUUAUAUACACACCAUUGAAAAAUCACAGAUACCUUCAACAACAACAACAAAACUAGU